AUGUCCUGGGAGACCAAGGCUGACCCAAAUCAACCAACAUCGGGAGGUGUAACAUCGUUUCAUAAAUUUUCUCAGAUACAAUCAGAUGAAACAGUCCAAAAUGAUGAAAUUGAAAAUACACUAGCUAGUGAAUUUCAAACUGAAGAAGAAGAAGGUGAAGCAACACAACAAGAAGAAGAUGCUGAUACAGCAAAAGGCCAUAUUGAUGAAAUGAUUGAACAACAAGUUAAUGAUGCAAAAGAAAAAGCUGAAGGUGUUAAAAAAGUUUUUCAACAAGAAUAUGUUCCAUUUUCAGUUGUUAAAGCAUCAGAUAAGCCACGUUAUGUUAGAAAUUGUAUUAGCAAAAAAAUUGAACGAUUUACAGCAUUACGUGAAAAUUUAUUUGAACGUGUUUAUUCAAUAAAAGCUCAAUUAGCCCAAAAACUAAUUGAUAUUGGAUAUUUGCAUUAUUCAAAAUUUGGAAAAUUUUGUCCUGUGUCAUUGUAUAAUGGUGAUUGUUAUCCACCACCAUUUGAACCUGAUAAACCUCCUUGUACAGUUGGUGAUGCUAUUCGAUAUAUAUUAGAAAAACAACAUAAUACAAUUCUUGGUAAAGAAAUGCAACAAGUACUUGUUAAAGGUAAUGAAAUAGGACCUGAAACAGCAAUUCGUUGUUUGGAAGUUGCACUUAUGAAUACAAAAUGUGAAACACGAGGGUAUAAAAUUCAAAAAACAAAAACAUUAACUUAA